CAUGCUAACGCUUCCACCGGUGCGGCACUGUACAUCUUCUUGAAGCCUCACGCUCACAGGGCCGCAAGCGGAGCAGAGGGCAUGGCUUCAGCUGAAGCAGGGGAAUCCAGCAUGUCUGCGUUUGUGGCGGAAAGGAACGGAUCUGUCUCCUCGUGGGGCAUUUCUAACUACCCUGAUUCCGCUGUUUUUGGCAUCGAUUCGGAGAGGCUGAGCGUCCUAUGAGAGGUUGUCGAGGACGACCCCAGCGGCGGAUUCGCUGAUUUGUUGGAUUCUGUCGACGUUAGGACAGAAACAGACACCACGGAUCUAGACGAGAAUAGGGCUUCGAGGAUGGAUAAUAGAUACGCGGCCCUUGAUGACAAAGUCGGGUGGGUUACAAGGAACAGGAGGGUUGCAGUGCCAGACGAGAGAGCAACAAGUGCUGACAGGGUGACAGCCCUGGAAACAGCACUGACAGGAUUUGCUGAAAGGAAAACAGACACCGUAGUGACGCCAUCAGUUGGACUGACGUUCGAUUCUAUAAACGAGGCCUACGAUUUUUACAAUCUUUAUUCCUGGGAGACAGGGUUUGGCAUCAGAUACGCAAAGAGCAGAACCAAUGUAAAAGGCACGAGAUGCAUGCAGGAGUUCGUGUGUUGCUGCUCGGGCAAGCCAAAAGAGGCGAACUCAACACCAUCACGUUGUCAAUGCCAAGCUAUGAUAAGACUUUUGCGGACAGAGGACAAUGGAUGGUACAUCAACGAAUUCAGGUCAAACCACAAUCACCAGAUGUUAAACACAUGUGCUGAGAAGCUGCAUUUCCCUUCGCAUAGGCAUAUUGACAAAUAUACAAGAGAGCUAGUAUCUCAGCUUAGAGAGAACAAUGUGAACCUGAGCAAAGUUUACAGCAUUCUUGCAACUUUUUUUGGGAGGGUUGAAAAUGUGCCAUUCACCAAAAGGUGCCUGAGGACACUGUGUGGCAAGCUGAGCAGGGAGCAGGCCGACGACGAUGUACGGAAGACGAUGGCAAUUUUUUCAGAGAUGAAAGUACAAGACAGCGAGUUCACCUACAAUGUUCAGGUGGUGAAGAAAGUAGAAUACGCACUCUCAUGUGGACGAAUGGGCGUAGCAAAAAGCAGUACCACCAUUUUGGCGAUGUGGUGA